AUGGAAUCGGAUCGCUUGAUUUCUGAUAGUACUAUGUUAGCCACUAGCGAUUUGAUUUCUUUCGCAAUGCAAGUUGCAAAUGGAAUGGAAUACCUGUCAUCAAUACCGGUGAGUAAGUAA